GGGACGGAUUCGGUACGCAGGGUAAGAUAGCGCACUGAAGCGCUAUUUGAUUGUUUGGCGCACCGGUCAGCCAGGGUUGCCGAGGAUGAAGAUACCACUGGGGGCGUGCGCAUCGGCGAUGAAGCAGAAAUGUCCGACGGAGCAGACCACGGAGUUGGAUCGAUUGAGGGCGAACGCUCUGAAGGGAUGGAGUCGGAGGAGAACGACUUUCAGGAAGACGAUACAGAACACGACCGUCAUGCAGAGGCCGAUGUCGACAGUGGGGAUGCGGUCGAAUUGGAAGACGGUUUGGAUGGCGCCGGAGGAAUGUCUGAGAAUUAUGCGGAAGACGAGUUUUACGCCGUUGAUUCCGGCGAGUGCAUAGGUUGGAUUGAUUUUUUGAACUUGAGCGCGGAGGAUGUUCUCCGGUUUAAUUUCGCAGAUGUUGACAUUGCAUUUGAGUUCUAUCAGCAAUAUGCAAAGCACCAUGGAUUCGGCGCGAGACGUUCCAGAAGCGAAAAACGCGGCGAAGUAAGGAUACGGCAGGAGUUUGUUUGCCACUGACAAGGGUUCCGAUCCCCGAAGUUCUACUCGAUGCCUAACCGGCAAAAGAGGCCGAGGGCCGAGACACGGUGUGGAUGCCCUGUGAGGAUGUUACUCCGCAUGGACGAUGAAUCAGGACGUUGGCACGUUUCGUUCUUUUCAGACGCGCAUAACCACCACGUUCUUGAGUUGCAAUUUUCUUCCAUGCUCCCGGGCCAUCGGAGGAUGAGCGAAGCGGACAUCCAGCAGAUGAACGACAUGCGCAAAGGGGGCAUUGGCGUCUCCCGAAUCCACGGUUUUAUGGCGAGCCUGGCCGGCGGGUAUCAUAAUGUCCCGUACACAACAAGGGACAUGCACAAUGUAAAUGCGAAGCAACGAAGGGAGGGUGGCGUAGAUGCGGAAUCGUGCUUGAGGUAUCUCCGAGAGUGCAAGGCAAAUGAUCCCGCACUGUACUACAAGGAAGUCGUUGACGGUGAGGGCGUGCUGCAACACUUGUUUUGGUGUGACGGCACCAGCCAAAUUGAUUACCAGGUGUUUGGAGACGUGGUUGCGUUUGAUGCAACUUACAAGAAAAACGUUUACCUUUCACCUCUCGUAGUAUUCUCCGGUGUGAAUCACCACAACCAAACCGUUGUCUUUGCCGCUGCAUUGGUGGCAGACGAGAAAGAAGAGACAUAUGUCUGGCUGCUUCAGCAGUUGCAAACUUCAAUGAAAGGGAAGGCUCCCGUGUCCAUAAUAACCGACGGUGACAGGCAAAUAAAGUCUGCGAUCGAGCAAGUUUUUCCGGAGGCUCACCAUCGACUCUGCGCUUGGCAUCUACUCCGAAACGCCACGAGCAACAUUGGAAAGCCCAUAUUCACCAGGAUGUUUAGGGAUUGCAUGCUCGGCGACUACGAGGUCCGAACAUUUCAGAGAAAGUGGUUUGAGAUGGUUGAGAAAUUUGGAGUGGCCGAUAAAAGAUGGGUACAGGACAUGUACGAAAGAAGGCACAGCUGGGCCACAGCACACAUACGGGGAAAGUUCUUUGCCGAAUUUCGAACAACAUCAAGGUGCGAGGGCUUGCACGCUGUGAUAUCACGGUAUGUUAAGUCUCGAUACAGCUACACUGAGUUUUUACGUCAUUUCCAUCGAUGCUUGAUGUUCGUCCGCGCAAAGGAGGUGGAGGCUGAUUUCGAGUGCGCAAAGGGUGACCCUGUUAUGACCACCAACCUGAAACAGCUGGAGCGGAGUGCGGCCGACAACUACACUCGUGCGAUAUUCUAUUUGUUUGUUCCCAUUCUUGACAGAGCCUGUGCAAUGAGGGUGGUUGACUCUGAAGACAACGGUUCCUAUUUUAUUCACACCGUCUCUCGAUACGGCACUCCGGGGAAGGAGUGGCGUGUUGUUGCAACGUCUGAUACGAGGGAGGUCCGAUGCACGUGCAUGAGAAUGGAAUGUUUCGGGGUCCCCUGCGAACAUAUAAUUGCGGUGCUUGUUCUUAACAAUGUUCAUGAGAUCCCGAGGUCUCUGAUAUUACCGAGAUGGACCAAGGAUGCAAAACUUGUGGCGGUGGAGUCGAUGGGCGUGAUUUGGGAUUCUGUACAACUGACGCAACACUGGUGCCUGAUGGAUUGGUACCGGAAAGUGUGCAAGAUUGCAUGUCACAGCACCGAGAAGUUCCAGUUUGCAAGAGACAUAGCUGUGCUGAUGCUGAAGCACUUCGAGGACGAAGAUGCAGGGAACAGCAGUUUUCAACACGAGGGGCCACCUACUGAGGGCGGGAGACCCCCGGCGCAAAAUCCACCCAGGCGCAGUACAAAGGGUAACGGUGGUCACGGUGGAAAGAAGACCCAGCGAUGUCGUUUGUGCCGGGAGGUGGGACACAACAGGACGACGUGUCCGGAGCGUCGCACAAUGGAACCAUCCAGCUCAGUUGCAGAGGACAUGGAUUCGAUGGACACUGACAUGGUGGGUUGGUCGCUCUAUAGACGAUGUAGUUAAGUUUUCUGGUCUGUUAAAUGGAUCUAAUCGUUUGUUUUUUACAUUGGUGUUAAGUCUAUGAUAACCUAUCCGGCGAUCUGUAUGCGACCGCGGAGAUUCCUUCGUUCCAAUGCUCCGAUAGUGACACGCAGGCCGGGUUUGCUAACAGCGACUUCGCUGGGCCCAGGACGUCCGGGCCAGUCAUGUCUCUCGCCGAUUGAGCAAAGGGGGCCUACAGUCGUCACCACUGUGUGUUGCAACGGCAGGUUGGUCGAACCCUUUGACGUUCUCCGGUAGGUUGUAGCCGCACACCGUUCGGUGUCUGCAUGUCAAAUAGGUACAGAACUGUCUUUAUGUCGUCCACGUAAAAACAAGUUGUUGGUAUGUUGGCUGUCGUUGGUAUGUAAGUGUUCUAUAGAUAUCACCGUUUUUAACCGGGAUUCAGGAUGUGUAGGGUUUAAGUGGUGUCAUGCGAGUAGCUGCAAAUCGACUGUCAAACCUGAUGUAUUAUUAUUCGGUCGUUAGGGGCAUUUUUACAGCCAUUCUAUGUUCAGUGGAUAUUUUGUAUGUAUGGUAAGUAGAUAUUUUGUAUGUAGUUGGUAGUAACGUUCAGUGGAUAUUCAGAUGCACGUAUCAUAAAAAAUCUCGUUGGAAAAUGCAUGUGGUUCAGUCUCAUAAAAAAAUCUCGUUGGAAAAUGCAUGUGGUUCAAUCGC